AUGAAUUCGAUUAAAAGAUAUAUUCAGUACUCGAAGUUGGGACUUUUGGCUGUCCAUCUUUUGGCGCCAUCUUUUGAAUAUACGUCUAUAAAUAUUAAUGAGCUUAGUCAACAGCCAACAGUUUUUCAGACUGCCGAUCAACCAGUCACUUUAGAAACAAAACGUGACCGUAUUCUCUGCUGGGUCACUACUUCACCUAAAACACAUUCGAGAGCUCAGUUAAUCAAGGAUACUUGGGGAAGUCGAUGUGACAAAUUAAUCUUCAUGAGUUCCAUUCAAGACGAUACGUUACCGGAUGCAAUUAUCCUGCCGACAGUGAAUGAUACAUACGAAAAUCUAUGGGGAAAGACGCAAGAGGCUCUUAAAUAUCUUUAUCUCCACCACUUAGAUGACGCCGAGUGGUUCUACAAAGCAGACGAUGACACUUACGCUGUACUAGAAAAUAUGCACUAUUUACUUUCGGGAUUUGACGCUUCAACAGCUCUCUAUCUGGGGUUCAAAUACAAGAACCCGGGUGUGCGACAAGGAUUCAUGUCGGGUGGUUCAGGCUACGUUUUAACCAAAGAAGCCAUCCGGCGAUUCGUAGAAAUUGGUCUUCCGAAAUUGAAUUCACCACAGAUUAGCCACAAUGUGUGUGUUUCUGGCCCUAAAGGGCUCGAAGAUCUAAAUUUGGGGAGCUGCUUAGCGAAAUUAAACGUGACCGCAGGCGACUCUCGUGACAAAAGCGACAUGGAGCGAUUCUUACCAAUGAGUCUCGAAAAUAUGAUGUGCGGUAACUUAAAUUGUCCGGAAAAUGAUUUUCUUCAACAGUGGGCGUUCUAUCCUCUCAAGAUGGGUAUAGAAUGUUGUUCUCCUUACGCUGUCUCUUUCCACUAUGUUAGAGAUCAUGAGCUCAAGAUCUACGAAUACCUUAUCUAUGGCUUGAGAAUGUAUGAGCGAAGAAAUAACUAA